CGGAGGAGGAGGAAGCCGAACCUCCCUCCGCCGCCGGUGUCUCGCUAUGGGGAGCCGGGCGCCCUCCCUCCUGCCCCGCCGCCCGGAGUUGGACGGCUGGCCCCGGAUGCCCCCGCGGCCGGAGGCCCCUGGCCCCAAGGCGGAGCCCUCCUGCUAAGCCCCUUCCUCCUUUCCCGGUCCCGGCCAUGGGGCAGCGGGGCUCCUGCUAGAUGGCCGGCCCUUGUGGCGGUGGGCAAGGCGUGCCCUCCCGGCCCCCUCCUCCUCCUCCUCCUCUUCGGCCUCGGAGAGAGCCAGCCAGCCGGGCGGACAGACCCCGCCCAGGCCCCGACAGCCCCGGCCAUGGGAGCCUCCCCCGGGGGACACGACGACGCCUCCGCCUCUGCCGCCUUCCGCCUCCUCCCCAGCCUCCUCCUGGGAUUUAUGUUCCUUGGUACCGUUGAUGCUCAGUCGGAGUUGACAUCUGAACAGAAUUCCAUAAACCUCUCUUCGGGCACAUACAGCCACCAUGACUAUACCACUAACACACAGCUGACUUGUGACAAAUGUCCUGCAGGAACCUAUGUAUCUAAGCACUGCACAAUGGCAACCUUAAGAGAAUGCAGCCCUUGUCCAAAUGGGACCUUCACAAAGCAUGAAAAUGGUAUAGAGAGAUGUCACGUGUGUAGAAAGGCUUGUAUGCUGCCGCUGAUUGAAAGAACACAUUGCACUGCUUUGACUGACCGUGAAUGCAUUUGUCCCUCUGGUCAGUUUCUAAAUGGUACCACCUGCAACCCAUACUCAGUGUGCCAAGUUGGAUGGGGCUUAAAAAAGAAAGGAACUGAAACUGAAGACAUCAAGUGCAAACCAUGCCCUCGUGGCACUUUCUCUGCUGUGCCUUCAAGUGUGUUGAGAUGCAAAGCAUUCACAAACUGCACACAAAAGUAUAUGGUGGUGAUAAAACCAGGAACAAAAGAGAGAGAUAACAUCUGUGGACUUCCAUCAGCUUUCCAGAAUGCAGCUGGACUUCUGUCAAGUCCAGAAGUGGAUGAACAGCACCAGAAAAUUUAUUCUACUACUUUUCUUCCCAAAGGUGUGAACUCUUCAGCUUCCAACUUUGCUGCCACUCCACCCCCUAGUAUGCACACUGAUGUGAUGGCGCCAACAAACAUUUAUAAUGAAACCUCAGAGAAUGAAACUGGAGCUACCAAUGUGACAGCCCUGCUGUAUCCUAAGCCUUUAAAUCACCAGCAAAUCCAUUACCACAAGCAUACUCCUUCCAUCCUUAAAGGACUGCCUGCACUGGAAAUGAGUGGCAGUGUAAAAUCCAACAUUCCAUAUAAGCCCCCUAAAAGAGGAUCCCCGAGACAGGCCAGCCAUAGGCAUUUUGAUAUCAACGAACAUUUGCCGUGGAUGAUAGUUCUCCUACUGCUGCUUGUUCUGGUGGUGAUAGUUGUAUGCAGUGUUCGGAAGAGUUCACGAACUCUAAAGAAAGGACCAAGACAAGAUCCCAGUGCAAUUGUGGAAAAGUCUGUAUUGAAAAAAUCUUCUACCCCAACCCCAAACAAGGAGAAAUGGAUCUACUAUUGCAAUGGACAUGGGAUUGACAUUCUGAAGCUGGUGGCAGCUCAAAUUGGAAGCCAGUGGAAGGAUAUCUACCAAUUUCUGUGCAACGCAAGUGAGCGGGAAGUGGCUGCUUUCACCAAUGGAUAUUCUGCAGAUCAUGAAAGGGCCUAUGCUGCACUACAGCACUGGACCAUCAGAGGCCCUGAAGCAAGCCUUGCCCAGCUGAUCAGCGCCCUCCGCCAGCACAGGCGCACUGAUGUGGUGGAGAAGAUCAGAGGACUGAUGGAAGAUACAACACAGCUUGAAGCUGACAAGUUGACCCUUCCUGUAAAUUCUGGUCUCCAGAGUCCCAUGCCCAGUCCAGACCCAAAACCAGAUUCAAUCAUUGUCCCUGUGGAGCCAUCGCCCUUGGAGAAGAACAAGUGUUUCUUUGUGGAUGAGUCCGAACCUCUUCUGCGCUGUGAUUCAACUUCCAGUGGUUCUUCUGCUCUUAGUCGAACAGGCUCUUUUAUUACCAAAGAAAAGAAAGAUACGGUGCUGCGCCAGGUGCGCCUGGACCCAUGUGACCUGCAGCCCAUCUUUGAUGACAUGCUUCACAUUCUGAACCCAGAGGAGCUGCAUGCUAUUGAACAGAUUCAACAGGCAGAAGAUAAGCUGGAUCGGCUUUUUGAAAUUGCUGGGGUCAAAAGCCAAGAAGCGAGCCAGACACUCCUGGAUUCAGUCUAUAGCCACCUACCUGAUCUGCUUUAGACUAUGGUCAACAAAUGCGCUCUUCACCCACACUCUGGCUGCAGCUUGUAUUUGCUUGGCAUUCAGUAAAGGCAACAGGCAGGCAGGAUAUUUUAUAGAACCCAUGGCCAGUAUUUUCUUCUAGGUUUUACUUGGGUGGGAAGGGGAGUUUGCAGACCUUUGCUCCCUUUCAUGUUUAUUAUCUGAAUUAAAAGAUCUUGUUUUCCCCUCUUCAUUACAACCUUUUAAUUUCUCAUUCAAAUUUGUUAUUGGAAUCAUUUAAAAUCACAAAUCUUCUCUUAAUUGUCCAGAUUUGUGCUUAUUCAAAAACUUAUCAGAGCAAUUUUGGGUGUCUUUUUUUAAAAGGAAAAAAAAACCAUCCUACAUGAAAUCCCCACCCCCACUCCUCAUUUAAUGUAUUUUUAAUUCUUAUUUUCUGUCCUGUUCAUUGUUGAUAUGAUCAGCGUUUUUUUUUUCUUAAGAGAACUUUUUAAAAAAACUACUGCUGAGUGAUUCACAUGUAUUGACAAUUUACAACCAUAACUAUUUAUUGUAUGGUUUUCUUCUGGACAAAGAAGAUAAUGGUUAGUGACUUGUGCUGCUCUAAAGCAGAGGCAUUUUGACUGUAACUUCUCCAGCCUUCAAGACAAUAAGACAUUUUGGCCUGCAGCUGAAUGUAAUUCUGUACACUCAACACAAUGAGAGUAUAUUGCCUUGCCAUUUUAGGAUCUCAACAAGUUGGGUAAUUUUGGUCAGUUUGGAGUAGCACCUGGAGCUGGACUCUGGAAAGUGAAGAACCCUGGUGGUGCCACAUUUAUCCUUCUAUAAGAUUUACUGAUCUGUGCUUUAACAUUGUUGUGUGUGUGUGUGUGUGUGUGUGUGUGGUUGGGUGGGUGGGUGCAUUUUUUAUACAGAUGUGGCCAAUAGAUAUGUUUCAGAGGCCUCACUUGGUCUUAGCAUUUCCCACUCCAAACACACUUCACUUUUUAUUAAAAUGCUGCAUUGCAAGAAACUUGCCUCUAUUAUAUUUGCAACUACUAUGCUCCAGAAACAACUGGUAUACAGUAAUGCUUAUUUUGGAGAUGAUAUCACAAGGUGGCAUUUGCUUCCUUGAUUGCAGGGUAGUGAUGGUAGGAUUUUGGAAGAACUUGCCUUCUGGUGUACUAAUUUAUUAAUAAAUAAUAGGUGUUUGCUAUGUGUUAAUAUUUCUGUCAUAA